GCGCUUCCCAACUUGAUCUUGGGACUGCUUCGCAAUGACGUCGCACUGGCUCAAGCAGAGCACUCUUGCCAUGGCUGACAAAGUUGCAGCCCGGGUCCAGAAAGAAUGUGAGAAGCUGAAAGCUGCAGGCCUCCGCCUCCCCAUCGCGGCGCUGGAGGCCAGGGACGCUCGCCGUUUGGGAGCGGUGCUGCGGGGCCCUGAGGGCAGUCCCUUCGAAGGCCACGACUUCGAGCUGGAGCUGCACUUCGGGGACGAGUAUCCCUUCCGCCCCCCUGCGGUGCGCUUCACGUCGCCCAGGCGAAUCUUCCACCCGAACAUUUGCCGCGGCACCGGGGGGAUCUGCCUCGACAUCUUCAACGAUGCCACGCUGUGGUCUCCCGCCAUCGGCCUUGAGAAGCUGCUGAUGAGCGUGGCGUCGCUGUUGUCGGAGCCGAGGGAGGAGCACGGCCUCAACGAAGAGGCCGUCGCUAUGCUUCGGUCAGAUCCCGCGGCCUUCGCGGACGCCGCCAAAACCGCGGCUGCGCUGCCGCGAGGUUCGCAGCCGCAGGUAGAGGCCCGUGCUGAGUGCCGAGCUGCGGAGGGAAAUCCCAUACAGCCCGUGCAGCAGAAAGAGCUGAAAGAUGGGUCCAGCCUUUGUGGCUUGGUGGUGCUAGUGCUCGCGCUGGCCAUAGGCUACGCGGUGCGAAGUUCGUAGAUUGCCGCAGAUUUGCGCCCAGUCUGAA